CAUGAUCUAGAGCCUCGUUCGGAAACGAGUCAAAUAGUUAAAACAAAUGACUCGGAGAAGUCCACUGCCUCACUACCUCGUGUAGCGGAACACUCACCCGAUGUGCCGGUUGUCAGCGUUGAAUCAGUUCCAGUCAGUGGGGUCGUACAAUCUGGGGUUCUCCGCGCAAGCCCUGACACCCUUCAUUCCGACACUAUUCAGAUCCAGACACCGGAAGUCAAAUUGGAACCAGUUGGAAGAAACUCGCUUUAUCAGGUUGCGAUGUAUGAAGCACGCAAACACGAGCUGAAUGCCAUUCAAACAGAUUUGCGAGCUCGUAUUCGAUCAGAACAGGCGGAAAUUCGGCAAAUUCAGUUAGGUGCCGAUGCGAUUACUUGCUACCAGGUGUUCAAAAAUAAUACGAUCAAAAUAUUUUCCAGACCAUAUUUGAGUCUCUGCAGCCGUGUACGUCGGUUAUACGAAGCACAAUUCGCCCCGGUCGAUCGUUGCUUGACUCCCGGUGCUCCCAUCACCACCCGAAACUCUCUCGAUCAAUCCUGUGUGUGGCUUGCUCGAUCGUGGACCAGAAUCGCAGACCUGUUGAACUCCGACGCCGGUCACCUGACGGAUGAACGUGAAGUCUGUCUGAUAGGUGAUGAUGAUUCUGACGAAUCGGAUGGCGCAUCUUCGUCAUCAUUAUCAUCGUCGGGUCAAUCCAGCGCAGCGCCCAGAUCGCGGCAACGAACCCAUGUCCCGCGGCCGAAUUCUGGUCGAUCACAAAAUCAUACCCCUGUAUCCUAUGUUCGUCUGGUCGAUCACGAUGAUGAUCGCGAGGGAAAUCACGAUGAUGAGGGAAAUAUAAAACAACCUGUUGUGCGUGAGAGUGAUGAGCAGAAAGACGCCACUGAUCGAUCAGGCACUGCAUCAUUCGCAAAGGUCGUCGUUGGCUAUAACUCACACAUGGAUUCGGCCAUUCCGGAUACCGUUGUAAAUGUCGUUGAUUCUGGUCCUAUUGAGGAUAGUAAGGAAGAAGAGGAAGAGGAGGAAGAAGAUGACGACGAAGAAGGCGAAGCGGAAUUGGCUCGUACCCUGCACCAACUGACUUUGGACAACGCUCGGUACUUCUCAAGCUACGCAAUAUUCGGAAUACUUGCGCGCCAUUUCAUUUAA